AUGGGCGGCUUGCGGUCUGAUCUCCAAAGCGCCAAGAACGGCUCUGAUCAGUCGAAACAGCCGGGAGGACGAAUCACGAAGAACGCCUGGAGCCUUGGGCCCAUUGAGAUUUUAGCAUCGCGGUUUAGAGUUGAGGUGACGGGUGCCAUCUGUUUUCUACCGGGGCACGAACUGAGACCGGAUUCAGCACACCCAUCGUAUGCCGGUCUUUCAAGGGUGGAGACCUUGCAUCCUGCUUCGCACCUUGGGGAGGCAACUUGCAAGACGCCACCAGCCUGGCAGACCGUUGGCAUGUUACGCAACCCGAAAAUUCCGGAUGGCAUCUGUCUCAUGAGCCCUGGUAGAUGCCAUCUGAUCAGCAGAGGCUCUGGGCUGGGGGGAGGGGAGCGCCAGCCCAAUACUGGGCCUGGUCCACACAAAGACUUAUGCUUAAUGACAGUCCGGGAAGAUGUGAAGUUAAAUAGACUUCAUUUCCCCGAACCAGAGUAUGUUUUGUUCCUCAUCCCUUCUCUCAGGACAGUGUCUUUUUUCUACAUCAAACUUUUCAAUUCUAUUCUUCAAGAGCUGUGCUCUAUUUCCAUUCAUUCUCAGCUUCUCUGUCAUUCCUUGAUACCCCAAUUUUUGUACCGUUUUCUCUUCACGACAGUCAUUCCACAAUGA